GGUUUUUGCUGAUUAAUUAGAUUUUUAUUUUGUUUUGUUUUGUUUCAAAAUUCAUUUUGUAAAUAAUAACGAAACAUUUUUUUUCGAUGACUGAAAAAGAUAAAAGUUUUCAAAAACUUGAAGAACGAACAUUGGUCGUUCGUAAUUUUGAUCCCGAUUUAACAACCAAAGAAUUAUUGGAAGAAUUAUUCUCCAAUUUUGGACCAAUCAAUAAUGUUGUUCUUAAACGUGAUUUUGCUUUUAUAGGUUAUACCGAACCAGAAUCGGUUGCAUAUGCUUUAGCAAUGAUGCACGGAAUCUGUUUACAUGGUCGUCGUUUAAGUCUUUUACCAAAAUUAUCAUCCAGAUCAUACUAUUAUCGUUAUCUAGAUUCUCUUGAAACAUUUGAACGAGAAUGCGAUAAAAAUAAAAAGUUUCUUGAUCAAUUUCAAUCCAGUAAACAGCACGAAGAACGGCAAACGAUCGUUAGACAAUUUAAAAAUUCUAAAAAAGAUCGUGAAAAAAUUUUGACUCGAUUACGUCAUUAUCGUCGUCAUUAUGAUUCAGAUUCUAAUUAUAAUCCAUAUUUUGGUAGAGAUUUAGUUGAUGACCGUCAUCGUUAUGGUCAUCGUCAUCAUGAUAGAUAUGGUGAAUAUCCGGAACAAUAUCCUCCUACGAUACCACCUCCAUCGAUGCAACCAUAUCCAAGAUCUGGAUUAUCAAAUGAUCAUCAUUACAAUGAUAAUGUAAUAGUGCCUCCAGUGGUAGCACCACCUCAACCGCCAAUGUAUGAUUCUCAUCCUUCUCGUUAUGAGCAUCCACCAUAUUUACCACCUCCACAAUAUGGACAUCAAUAUCCUGAUCCCCCUUUACCCCCACAAUCUGUUCAUGCCCCACCACCAGGACCAUAUUAUAAUGAUCGAAUAGCCACAUGUCCACCUGGUCCACCUGUACCCUUUGUCGAUUAUGGAUAUCAUUCAUAUGAUGGACCACCACGCCACCAUUCGACACGAGAAAAUUUUCAUCGUGGCAUGGGCCGUUAUCAUCGAUAAUUAAUUAAUCAUUAUCAAAUAAUGAAACAAAACAAAAAAAUACAAUCAAUUUUUUUUCUAAAAAUUCAUUA